UUAUUUAAUCAAGGACAAGAAAUUUCGACUGCUCCCCACCAUUUCCAUUGACGUAAUACAGAAAAAUCAAUGGGAGCAUUCGCCGUUACAGCACGCGAAAACUCUCCGAUUCUACGGACUGCUAUGCUACGCGGAUAGCGAAUCAAGAAAUAAAUUCCCUUCAAUUGAUUAAUAGUAGUUUGAAUCCUCAAUAGAUACAUCUUCCUAUAGUGAGUAGAAUCUUUCAAUUAGUUCGCCGAUGAUGCAUCCAACCUUGCGCCUUUUUGUUCUGUUCGACACAAGAUAGAAAGUGCAUCGAGAUGCCUUUGGUUAUAAAUUUUGAGGUGAGGUAGCGGAGUUCUCGGAUAGUUGAACCUAUAAUUCAUUUGAAGAAACAUUCAGUUAAAAUGUGGUCUGGAGAAAACGUAGAACAAACAGCCCCUUCACGAGUAGAUGAAGACUUUGACAUUUUGUAUUUUUUCUAAUGUCGUCUGAAUGUGAUGGGAACUUUAUCAGAACCGUUGGAUUGGGAUGGACAAUGAACAACCCCACCAAGAGCUGGUAAAGUGUGUAGUGGUGGGUGACACAGCCGUUGGUAAGACUCGACUCAUUUGCGCACGCGCCUGCAACAAGCAGGUAUCUCUCUCCCAGCUUCUUUCUACUCACGUGCCCACAGUAUGGGCCAUAGAUCAGUACCGCAUCUACAAGGAUGUUCUGGAAAGAUCAUGGGAGGUUGUAGAUGGUGUCAACGUAUCAUUACGACUAUGGGAUACCUUCGGUGACCACGAAAAAGACCGAAGGUUCGCCUACGGACGAUCGGAUGUGGUUCUUUUAUGCUUCAGCAUAAACUCCCCUAUAUCUCUCAGAAACUGCCGUUUGAUGUGGUAUCCAGAAAUAAGGAAAUUUUGUCCAAGCACUCCUGUCAUACUUGUUGGAUGCAAGAAUGACUUACGUUUUAUGUAUCGUGAUGAAACCUAUCUGAGUCAUUUCAAAGAUAGAUCACCUUUCAUUAGAGCUACAAGAAAGAGUGAUUUAGUAAUGCCUGACGAAGCGAGGGAAGUUGCCAGGGAAUUUGGUGUUUAUUAUUAUGAAACCUCUGUUCUGACAUAUUAUGGCAUUAACGAGGUUUUUGAAAACGCUAUACGUAUUGCAUUGAUCGCGCGUCGUGACGCUCGUUUCUGGAUGACCAAUCUUAAAAGAGUACAAAGACCACAUUUACAAAUCCCUUAUAAACCCCCUCCUCCGGUUGAACCUGAAGUGACAGUGGCUUCUAGCGCUUUUAGUGAUCAUUUGCGUCAAUUAUGGUUAUCCAAACCCAACACGGAUAUUGUGUUAGUUUGUGAUUCCGUGGAAUUUUCUGCUCAUAAAUUCAUUUUGGCUGCCUGUAGCAGAGCUUUUUAUAAGUUACUCUCUGCGGAUUUGUUGGCACGAAGUACGAGUGAUUCAAGUAUGGUUAGCUCCUUAGGUGAUUUUGCAGACGACAUGGAAUAUCUGGUGAAGAAUGAGCAAAAAACGUACAAACGGAGAGCUAGCUGUCAGGCUUUGCCCACUGCUAGGGAUUGGGAGCAUCCGGCAUUUCAGUGCAUCAGAAAUAUACAACCUGACGGUCAAACCAUCGUUACAUUAUCAAAAUUGGUUACGCCUGCUGCUGUUCAACAAUGUUUGCAGUUUGCCUAUACAGGAACGGUUGAUAGAAGUGCACUGGAUCUACAGCAAACCAGAGAUGCUGCCGAAUUCUUAGAACUGCCUCAACUUCUUGUUCUAUUGACAAAACAUCCAUUUCUAGAUCCCGAUUAUCCGGAUCUGAAGUAUGAAUCUUAUUUGAAGCAAAGGUUCAAAGAUAUAUGCCUCGAUCAAGGCUUGUUUACCGAUGUCAUUUUCGAAUUGGAUGGGGGGUCCUAUACAGCUCAUAGAGCAAUUUUAACAGCCAGAUGUGAUGUAAUGAAAGCCAUGUUCAGUGGGGACUUCAGAGAGAGUCAAGCAAAAGUUAUAGAAUUUCCUGGAGUGAGGAAGUACACAUUCCAUAAAUUACUAUAUUUCUUAUACACGGAUGACGUUCCUCCAGUAUCUGCAGUGAGAUGCGUUAACCUACUCGAACUAGCCAAUCGUUUGUGUUUGCCAAGACUAGUUAAUUUGGUUGAGAAGAGAGUUAUCGAGGAUUUGGAGCAUAUGCCACCAAGUGAAGCAAUUGAGCAAUGCUUGAGACUUCUAGAACCUGUCAAAUUACAUAAUGGACAUCAACUGGCGGAUUGGUGUAUGAACCAUUUAUGCAUCAACUACAACAAAUUAUGCAGGAUGUCCCCUCGCAACCUUCGUUUACUACAUCCUGACAACCAAGAUUACUUGGUAGAACACCGGUGGCCCCCAGUUUGGUAUCUUAAGGACUACGAUUAUUAUCAAAAGUGUAUCAUAGAAAGGGACAAAGAACUUAAACCUUCUAUUGAAUCAAGUUCUGGAUGUUUAUGUUUCUCAAACAAAAAAUCAGAUUCUGACACAGCUUUAUCAAUUCGUCAGAAUAUCUGAUCGUUAUUAUCAAUUUGGUCCGAAAUGUUUUGAAAACUUCUACACGAAAAAAUGGAACCGUUUUUAUUGUUUCGAGAAAAGAAGGCACUGCACAGCCGCUUUACAUUGUACAUUUGAUCGGAUAUACACAUGUCCAUCAUCUUUUUUAUUACAUUAAAUAAAAAUUCGAAACCGUU